GAAGCCGGAAGAACGCAGCAUCAGUACCUAUUAUAUGCUUUGAGCAAGAACAUAUCGGACGUUGUUCGUAGUUCAUACCAAGUAGAGUUUCGUGCUUGCUCACAGAUAGUCAUUCAGUCAGUCCUUAAUUUAAAAAAGUUUCUUCUCUAGUGUUUCAAUAUAAUGAAAAUACUAUUGGUUUUUAUUUUUGGAAGUUCAGUAUUUCACAGUGAGACCGCGAUCCACGAUAGAGAUGAUCGUAUUCCUACGAAAAUAUUAAAACAUUAUUGGCCAGUGAUUAAUUGUUUACUUGGAAGAGAGUCUUGUACUCCAGUGUCAGAGUUUCUUGCUGUUGCCCUGCCAGAUUUCUUGCGGAAUCAAUUAGACAACUACGAUUACAAAGAUAAAGUGUUAUUAAAGACCCAUUCUCGAAACAUAAGGAAGUAUUUUCCUCACGAAUGGGAGCUCAUUGAAAAAAAAUUUCACAAACGUUCAAAAUAUAAUCUUUCGGUAAAUUCAAUCAGUUCGGCUGAUUACAAGAUCGAUUAUUUGAGAAAAGAGCAGGGGGAAAAAAACGACGAGUUCAGCCGAUUAGCUGCCGAAAGUUUUGUGAGCAACAAUUUUACAAAUAUGGUAAAGUUAUAUAAAGACUUGAUUACCGAUUUAGUAGUCUACGGCGAUUGUUUGAUAUGCAACAAAAAUUCCCUGAAAUGGCUCAAUGACAUCAAAAACUACCUGCAGACAAACUAUCCAAGAGAACUACGGGAAAUAGUUAUGAAAAAUAAAAAUAGAUAAAUAGUUAAAUUGUUAGCUAAUUUAGUUCUUUUAUUUAUUCCAA